GGGAGCUAAUGAACGGGGCAAAGGGAGGAUUACCUGAGGGCUGAACGGAUUUUAAACGGUUUUCCUGCUAAUUCAGGCAACCCUGUGAAGACGCUAAGACAUAUUUGUGACUAUGACGGAUGCCAAAAGCCGCGACGGUCCUGAAACCGACACAGGACAGCCUCAGAGCAGCGCUACAGCGGAAUACUGCGCAAAGUUGCAGCAGUGGAUGUGGCAGUAUUACUGGGGGUAUGCCAACUGGCAGAGCUGGGUGGCUCUGUCAGCCUUCUCCUUCCCUCCGCCGCACAGCUUCCCUGCACCGGGGAUAAGCGCUCAGACACCCGGCACACCCGCUUCGACCGCAGUGGGCACUGGGCAGCAAGUGUUUGACACACGAAACUGGUACAGCUACUAUCCUUUCGCAUCCCCCGCCGCGUUCUUUCCUCCCUUCCCGGCUGGGACCGAGCAGAGCUCAGCCACGAACCCGCCCCCAGGUGCCGACGCCCGGCCUGGCCAGCAGCACAACGGGAACCCACCUCAGGCAGGACGAGAAUACACCAUCCCCUCUCCUCUCCAGAGGUUCCUAGCAGAGACUGUGGACUUUUUUAUCCUGUUUUGUGUGAAGGCCACCAUUGUGUUAUGGAUCAUGUACCUGAGUGGUAUGAAGGACAUUGCCAAAUUUAUAACCCACUUCAUUGUAGAGGAGAUAGAUGAGAACACAUCUCUGGAGGACCUACAGAAGAUGAUGGGUGUUGCUCUGGUCUACAGGGUACUGGUGUGUGUCUAUGAGAUAAUUUGUAUUUGGGGUGCCGGUGGUGCUACUCCAGGGAAGUUCCUGCUUGGCCUGCGGGUGGUGACGUGCGAUACAUCAACUCUUGUUCGACCCAACUGUGUUCUUGUGGUUCCAGCAUCUAACGUGUCCUUCUCAGCCUCUACCGUGCGGGCUUUGAACAAGAACUUCUCCAUUGCUUUCCUCUUUCCUGUCUUCAUCACCCUCCUCUUCUUCCAGCACAACAGGACUGUGUAUGACAUUGUGGCAGGGACCAUAGUAGUUCAGCGCAGAGGCGGCAGAUAGCAGUAUUAGACUUUUUUUCAUAUAUAUCUAGAAAAUUUUAUUUAAAGCAGAUUUACUAACACUCGCAAGGGUGACUUUGCUGGACAAAACUUGGAAUGCUCUUUAAGAUGAAAUAUAUAUACAGACUUAGAACUGGUACAGUGGGAUGACAAACCUCUCCUGGUCUAAGACAUUUAAAGGUGCAAUAUGUAAGAUGUGUAAUUUAAAAAUUAACUUGCAUUAUCAGCACAGUUUCAAGAGAUUUGAAGAAAUCUUUCACUUUAUGUCAGAGACUUCUACAUGUUAUGUUGCAGAAAUGAAAUGCAGUGCAAUCUGUGACGGCAGACAGAAACACUGUUUGCUUUAUUGUCCUUGUGCUAUAAAAAUAAAAUUAAUUCCAGUUCAGCCAAAAAGAUAUUUUUGAAAAUAUUUAAGUUAAAUCUUCAUAUUCUCUCAUUUUUGUGAUUGUAUAUAGUCUAAUUUGGCACAGCUCCAGCACAGUUAGGAUGUUGGUCUUUACUUGCCAGCAGUUUUAUCAUCACUGCAUGCACACCACUGCUGUUACUGUGUCCCAAAGUUAAAAGGUUUUAGUUUUAACUAAAGUUUUAACUUUUUAACAAGCUGAGGUUGGCAGAGAGAGAAAGCCAGCAAGCGGUCCCAAAGUGGACACAGUGUAGUCGGGCUCAUCUACAUCAACUCUUAAGUGGGUAGCAUGCGUGUGUCUCCAUGUCUUCUCUACUGCAGAGCAGGACCAAGAGUCACAUGGUGAAAUAGAAAGCAUAGGAGAGCAGCAAAGCAAGUGGAAACAAGUGAACAUGAUUUAGCUAAACAACAUAAAUCUUUUUGUUUUUCUGGGGCACCAACUUAAUGCACUGCACUGACCUGUCACAUCUCAGGUUUACUUUUACUGUCAUUUCUUUAUAAACAAGAGGGAGGACAAUGUUUCUGUAGUCGGGGGUCACAUGCACUAAUAUGCAUUUGCAUAGAAGAGCAGCAGCACACAGGAAAUUUGAUUUAAUUCUGUUAAGGACGCGAUUGGAAGCAAAACUUGCAAGGAAUGAAGAAUGACCCAAAACACUAAGCCCCUCUUAUUUUCACUUAAAAACACACAUUUUGGUUGUUGUGCUUUUGUUACCUUUUAUUUUUAAAAUUAUACAGAACAGAACAUGACUAUUUUUGUCAGCCUCUUCUCUCUGCAAAAAAAGAGAAUUUAAUUUUCAAAUUAAAAGACUUUGCAAGUAAAAAACUUUGAGUCACUUGUCGCUCUUUUCUAUGCAUAUGUGGGGUAUGCAAAGCGAGACAGUGUGCGAGGCUCCUGAAUGCCACACUGUCCCAAAAAUAAAACCAGUGGCAAAGUGAGUCUACAGCCCUGAGGUCGGGCUGAGAAUCAAAAACUGUAUCUGGGCAGUAUCCAGGCAAGAGGAAUUACUACUGCACCUUUUCACUAAACCUUUUACAAACUGCACCUUUAAUUCUUACCAUUAUCAAUAUAAAUAUGCUCUGAUGACACACUGAAGUAUUAUGAUGCUUCUUAAAGCUUAAGAAGUUGCUGUCAUGGAAUAUCCUGCAGCUUCUCAUGUGAAUUUUAAUAAGUGUGCUACUGUAUGACACAAGCAAUUUUUUUUUUUUUUCCAUAAAUCUGAAAAGAUUUGAUGACUUUUACCUUUUGUGAUUAUCUUGGUGCAGUAUGCAAGAUUUUUGUACUAUUAAAAAUGCAUAUCCACCAUUUUGGGAUUGCCUAAUUUUUCUACAAACUGGAACAAUUUAUUCUUUUUUCCUCUAUAAGAAAAAGUUGAAUUUAACGCACUGGCAAGUUGCACAUGGGUUGCAUUAUUAUAGUUUGAAACUUGGCAACAUCUUUUCUUCUUUUCCUUAAGAUAAUCAGUCAAAUGUCUGAUUUAUUAACACUGAACAGAACAUGCAACGCUUCUUUCUAUGUGCACAUGGAUCUUUUAAUGAAGCAUUUUUUGAUGUGAAAUAAAAUAAUACUCUUUCUUGGGGUGUGUAUGGAGUUCAAAAAUACUUCAAAA